GAACAAAUUACGUCAUUCUCAUGGACAGUUAUGCUCUCUACAGUCCUGAAAAUUAAUCGGUGUUUUUGACUCUGCGUUUCUCGACGGCCAUUGUGAACGGAAUCUGUUUCUCAUCAUGCCCGAAGAUACGCCUGAAACAAAAGAAUGGGUGCUGGAGCCCGAGACGGAGUACAGAUUCGAACUCGAUCCCGGUACUUCCCUCGCAGUCAAGCUGUCGCAUGGACACGCAGAAAUAUUCGGAUUUGAGCUCGUAGAGGGGCAGACGUAUGUCUUUGGCGCAGAAUGCAAAGGAGCGAUAUUUACCUGGCAGGGCUGUAUUAUCGAGGUCACCGGCCAUCCAUCUACGGAUUAUGUGUCAGAAGAGACACCAAUGAAUGCCUACGGAAAUCUACAUGUAGCAUUUGAACAGAUGCGAGUGCGAGCCCUGCAGACCCUCAGUGGAUCGCUUCCUCCGGAUACAAAGUCCGAUGUCAAUGCGGAGCCGCCUCGUGUCUUAAUACUGGGACCCGAAAACUCCGGCAAGACGAGUGUGUGCAAGAUCUUAGUCAACUAUACAGUUCGUGCCGGUCAGGAAUGGACCCCACUAUUGAUCAACCUCGAUCCAAACGAGGGCGGCUGGUCCGCGCCCGGUGCUCUGUCAGUUGCACCCGUGAGCAGUCCACUGCCAACAUCUUCUCCCGCAAACACCCUUGGUACGGCUGCCACUUCUGCGCCAACAUCUUUGUCUUCAAACGCGUUGCUGCCACUGGUAUACUGGUAUGGGCACCCGGAAACCAGGAAGAAUCCUCUGUUGAUGGACAGACUCAUCCGUAACCUGGGUGAAAAUGUUCGAGAACGGCAGGAGAACGAUCCCAGAGGAAGCGCUGCAGGCAUCAUUGUCGACACCCCUUCUUCCUUGGGUUCAGGCCCUGCGUCAUCUACUGAGCACCGACAAAGACUGAUAAAAGCUUGCGUAGAAUCCUUCAGAAUCAACGUCAUUCUCGUGGUGGGGCACGAAAAACUGAAUGUUGAAAUGCAACGCACCUAUGGAUCUCUCCUUACUGUGGUGAAGAUACCAAAGUCUGGUGGUGUUGUUGAACUCGAUCAUGGAUACCGGGAACGAGUGCACAGCUAUCAAAUGCACACCUACAUGUACGGCCAAGUCAUACAACCCCCCGCAGGGAUACCAGCUUCUUCCGUUAGCGCCGACACUUUCACAGACAUAAUACUCUCUCCAUCGUCUUCCGUCAUCAGUUUUGAUGACCUCACUAUAUACCGGAUCGGUGCAGCAACUAUGGCCCCCUCAGAUGCACUCCCCGUAGGCGCUAAACGUGUAGUCUCAGAGACGCAGCCGGUGCUCGUCAGCCCCAGCCAGCCGGGUUCUGGUCUAUUGAACGCCGUGCUUGCACUUCUUUCCCCCUUCAACCCGGACGAAAACGAGCGAUACGACGAAGAGAUCCUCGACCUCACUGUGGUAGGGUUUCUAGUGAUAACAAAGCUGGACAUCCCUCAGCGUAAAAUGACCGUCCUAGCGCCGAAUCAAGGGUCCGUUAUCGGCAAGACUGCUAUCGUUGGCUCGUACGAGUGGCAGGAUCAAUAGCUGACAAUGCUAUAACUUAGUCCUCGAUCAGUUUGCCUUUACCCCCAGAGCCAAUUGAUUUUUUUUGGCCGCAAUUGUUAUUCGUUAUUCAAGUUCCAAAUAUUCACGCG